AUGUCUUCAUCGGCUGCAUCUCAUCUGAGUCCGAAGCGCCACCUGAAGCACCAGACGGCGCUGCUGUACGGCAUUAUCUUGAUGUACCUGAUGUUGGGUGUCAUCGUGUUCAUGAUCGUACCUUCAGUAGUGCUCUCCAAGCUGGAGGACUGGACCUACGAGGACUCCCUCUACUACACCUUCAUCACACUCACUACCAUUGGCUUUGGAGACUUGAUCGCCGGCUAUAAUGAGGACAUACAACACCAAGAUCUGUACAAGUUGGUUAUUGUGGUGUGGAUCAUGCUAGCACUAGGCUACUGGUUCUUACUUCACAGUUUUCUCCAGAAGGUCUUCAGAAACGACGUCCCUCAGAUAAUCAGGAAAUCGCUCAGACGCUCCUUGAAAAUUAAGAGACAACCAGAAUUCUUCAGGCAGCUGCUUGGUAAGCUCUUGCACGUCAACGUAAUUCUCAGAUCGGAGACUGUCCCGUCUAUUAGGAACUUCAUCGCCCAGUCUCCAAAAGAGCAUGAGUUCUCGAAAACCUUGUCUGGUAUCUUGAAUGUAGAAGCUGGUAAUUUAGACGAAACAGCUGAGUCACAGACUAUAAUGGAGAGUAAUCCUAAUGAAGUAACUCUCACACUUCGGGACGUCCUCAACUUGAUCAUUCUACAUAAGAAGCAUGAGGACGACCUGCAAACAUACACAGCAUCAGAAGCUGAAGGACGACCUGCAAAUAUACCAGAGGCAACUAAGCAUAAAGACGACAGCAAACAUACACAGGGCAUCAGAAUCAUGAAGGACGGACCUUCAAACAUACACAGACAUCUGAAACAAGAAGGACGACCAGCACUCAUGCACAGUGAUCUGAAGCAUGAAGGACGACCUGAACACAUACACAAGCAUCUCAAGGACGAAGGACUAUAUGCACACAUUCACAGGCAUCUAAAGCAUGAAGGACGACCUGCAAACAUUCACAGGCAUCUAAAGCAUGAAGGACGACCUGCAAACAUUCACAGGCAUCUGAAGCAUGAAGGACGACCUGCAAACAUUCACAGGCAUCUGAAGCAUGAAGGACGACCUGUAGAAAUACAUAGGCAUCUGAUAUAUGAAGGGCGACCAGCACACAUUCUGAAGCAUCAAGGACGACCUGCACACAUGCAGAGGCAUCUGAAACAUAAAGAACGAGCAGGACACAUGCACAGGCAUCUGAAACAUAAACAGAGAGAGAGUGGACAGGACAACCAGAGAACAGAACCAGGUACUGACACUGGUAUGGCGGCACUCAUGGUGGAGGUGAUUAAUAGUUUAGACAAGAGGAGAUCCUCACGUCCCAAGUCUCGCAAGCCCAGCCUCGUGCCCAACACUGGAGGAGGGACGAAUGAUUCCCAGAAUAAGUUAAUGCCCCCCUUCACUUUAUCCCAGCUCUUGCACGUCAACGUAAUUCUCAGAUCGGAGACUGUCCCGUCUAUUAGGAACUUCAUCGCCCAGUCUCCAAAAGAGCAUGAGUUCUCGAAAACCUUGUCUGGUAUCUUGAAUGUAGAAGCUGGUAAUUUAGACGAAACAGCUGAGUCACAGACUAUAAUGGAGAGUAAUCCUAAUGAAGUAACUCUCACACUUCGGGACGUCCUCAACUUGAUCAUUCUAGUUAAUUCUAUUGAGGAUGAAGUGGCAGCAGCAGCUUCCAGCAGUAGCAGCAGCAGCUUCCAGUAGUAGCAGCAGCAGCUUCCAGUAGUAGCAGCAGCAGCUUACAGCAGUAGCAGCAGCAGCUUCCAGCAGUAGCAGCAGUAGCUUCCAGCAGUAGCAGCAGCAGCUUCCAGUAGUAGCAGCAGCAGCUUCCAGCAGUAGCAGCAGUAGCUUCCAGCAGUAGCAGCAGUAGCUUCCAGCAGUAGCAGCAGCAGCUUCCAGCAGUAGCAGCAGCAGCUUCCAGCAGUAGCAGCAGCAGCUUCCAGCAGUAGCAGCAGCAG